CCUACAUUGUCGACACAAUAUGUCAUGAAGAGCAAUGACAGCAGUACAAUAACAACAUUGUUUUCAAAUAAAUUCUAAUUAAAAUCAUUUAUAAUUCUGUUUAAUUAUAAAUUUAAAACAUGGUUGUGAGUAAACAAGUUUUAGGUUAAAUGAGGAAAAUGAAAAGCAAUAACUCUGUAGAACAAAAAUCAUUUGGUUCGAGUAGUUCAUUUUUUAAUGAUAUGAUGAUUGAUCCAGCUAGAAAAAGAUUUCCAUGUUGUAUUGUUUGGACUCCAAUACCUUUUCUCACAUGGUUCUUCCCAUUCAUUGGUCAUAUGGGCAUAGCUACUUCAUUAGGUAUCAUCAGAGAUUUUGCUGGACCUUAUCAUGUCUCCGAGGAUCAGAUGGCUUUUGGACAGCCAACAAAAUAUUGGCAGUUAGAUUAUUCUAAAGCUAGAGAUGGAAUAAUUGGAUGGGACAGUGCUGUUGCAGAAGCUAGUGAAAUAUAUAAAACUAGAAUGCAUAACUUAUGCUGUGACAAUUGCCAUUCACAUGUAGCUACAGCUUUAAAUUUUAUGCAUUAUAAUAAUUCAACCAGCUGGAAUAUGGUAAAGCUUGCAUUUCUUAUGCUUGUUCAUGGGAAAUAUGUUGGAUGUUUAGGAUUCAUCAAGACUUGGUUACCAUUCUUUAUCAUAGUGACGAUAAUCACAACUCUUUGCAUUAUUUAUUAAGUUCUUUUCUGAGUGUAAAUUUAACCUUGUGAUACUCUGUGUUUUGUGUAUAUAAACGUAAUAUUUAUUUUCAAACGUCGUAAAAUUUUCUAUUGAUGGCAUUUAUUACAUUUAAACAUUCAAGCAUUCACGUUGGAUAAC